GCAGGAGGGAUGUAGAUGGAAAGCGCUGCAUGGCUCAGAUUGCGGAGGAUGCUGGCGAACAAGACAGCAGAUGCGUCUCGCCUGCUACUGGAAUAUAAUCUAAGAACAAGUUUAAAGGACCCGUUUCGGAAGAUUUUGCCAGGCGGUUGCGGAUGGAGACUGUGUGGUCGUUAUGAUCUGAGGGCUGAUCACUCGUUUCCUCAUAGACAGUGAUGACAAAACCAAGGAUGGGAGAAUUAUGAACUUGGAUGAGUGGAAGCGAUUGCAAAUCGCCACCUGUUAGAUAAAUAUCAGCUGUGGGACUCUGGUUGGGCCUAAUGGGCAAAAACCCCAUACUGGAAUAAAGGAAGGAAUUAAAGGAAAAACAUCAGCCCUGAACCAGCGACUGCAUAUGCUCCCCUGCCUUCUUCCCCAUGGCUUGACCUCCAUGCUUGCUGUGCUGAAGAGCUUUCCCUGGAGGAAUUAAGAAAGUCAUACAGGUUUUGAACAACGUGAAGGGCUGUUUCCCUGACCUUAGCACAUGGAUUUCAAGACAUCAAAUGAAGAGACAAAGACUGGGAUUUAUUUGUUGCAAGAUGGUAACGAGGAGCCUUUCAAUAUCCGUCUGCACCUGGCCAAAGAUAUUCUCACCAUUCAAGAGCAAGACGUCAUCUGUGUUUCUGGAGAACCGUUCUACUCAAGUGAAAGAACAGUAACGAUCAGACGGCAAACAAUCGGAGGGUUUGGUUUGAGUAUCAAGGGUGGUGCCGAACACAAAAUCCCUGUUGUGAUAUCUAAAAUAUCAAAAGAACAGAAGGCUGAACUCUCAGGACUGCUGUUUAUUGGAGAUGGAAUUCUCCAGAUAAACGGCAUUAACGUGAGGAGCUAUCGCCAUGAGGAAGCGGUACAGGUUCUGCGUAAUGCCGGUGAGGAGGUGACUCUGACUGUGUCUUUCUUGAAGAGGACGCCUGCUUUUCUGAAACUGCCUCUCUGUGAAGACUGCUCAUGUAUAACGAGUGACCAGAGCAGUGGCACAUCAUCUCCAUUGUGUGACAGCGGUCUACACCUGAACUACCAUCCCAACAACACGGACACUCUGUCGUGCUCGUCUUGGCCGAUGUCUCCUGGUCUGCGCUGGGAGAAGAGAUGGAUAGAUCUUCGAUUGAUCCCCCUCCUGCAUGCACGUCUGUCCCAGUACAUCCCAGGUACUGACAUUUUCAGGCAAAAUGCCUUUCAAGUGAUUGCGGUGGAUGGCGUUUGCAGUGGGGUAAUUCAGUGCCCCAGUACUGAAGAAUGCACUGACUGGCUGCAGGCAAUAGCUACUAACAUUUCUGCUCUAACCAAGCACAAUGUUAAGAAGAUAAACAGGAACUUUCCAGUAAACCAGCAGAUCAUAUAUAUGGGCUGGGUGGAAGAGAAAGAGCAAGAUUCGGUUCAGGAUCUAAUGUACACACCAAAGUUUCUUGCCUUGAGGGGUUCGUCUCUCUUUAAAUUCUCGGCACCUCCAGUCACCACCUGGGACUGGACCAGAGCGGAGAAGAGCUUUACUGUCUAUGAGAUCAUGUUUAAGAUUCUUAAGGACAAUGAGCUAGUAGACAAACGAAAGCACUGCUUCAGCGUUCAGACGGACUCAGGAGAGGACAUCUUCUUCAGCGUGGAGCUCGAAUGUGAGCUGCUUCAUUGGGAGAAAGCAUUUCAGAUGGCAACAUUCUUUGAAGUGGAGCGAAUACAGUGUAAAACAUACGCUUGCAUUGUGGACAGCCAUCUCAUGGGACUCACCAUCGAUUUCAGCAUGGGGUUUGUGUGUUUCGACGCUGCGUCAAAGGCGGUGCUGUGGCGAUAUAAAUUCUCUCAGCUUAAAGGAUCAUCAGAUGACGGCAAGAGUAAAAUCAAAUUUCUGUUCCAGAAUCAGGAUACAAAACUUAUUGAAGCGAAGGAACUGGAGUUCUCCAACCUCUUUGCGGUUCUCCACUGCAUCCAUGCGUUCUUCGCUGCCAAGGUGGCUUGUUUGGAUCCCAUGUUUGUCAGCAGCCAUAACGCUGCCAUGGCUCCAGUGGUCUCCUCAGCGCCCACAAUAACGGCCACAUCACAGAUAUCAAAAGUAAAGUACACGAGCUGACAGACUCUUGCGUCAGAUUCACUCCUCCCAGACAGUCAAAUGGUAAGAGGGGAACUAUCCCAAAAAAACAAUGAACAAAUGAUGGAUUUCCAAUUUGCAAAGCAAAAAGACAAUUCAAGUAAACAUUUACAACCUCUGUAUGCUGUCAUCUGGAUGAGAAACAGACUCAGAUAUUAGCCAUGAUGCGAUUGAGCUGGAAUAUGAAUUUCUGAUUUAUGAGUUAUAUUGAAGUUUCUAAUUGAAGGAAACCACAUGGUUACAAUAUUAAAAUGGACCUCACCUCCCUUUCAGCUACAGAUACUGGGACAUUAGACAGUUAGACUCCUCCCUUUUGAUAUUGCAGUAUAUCUGUUUGCAUUAAAAUGAUAUUAACACUUCUUUACGUGUAUACUUUUAGAAUAUUAUUUAAUUCGGUUAUCGAUUGGAAUGAACUUCUUGUGAAACUGCCAUGGAGUGCCACCAUAAAUGUUAUUGAAACUUCUGUUAAUAUUCUUAACUUUUGUAAAAUAGCUAUUUAGUUUAUGAGAGUAACACCAGAUGCCAUAUUUGUACAAUAAACACACCAGAAAUGAAUCUUUCAGAAUGUCCAUCUGUAACUAAUGUAUUGCCUAAGUAUUGUAUUGGCAGACUAUAGCAUAUUUUCUUUCCUGGUGGUUUUUGAUUUUAAAACGUACAAAAACACUACUAUUAACGUUGAAUCCUGUCUUACUACCCAGACAAACAACAGACUGGAGAACGGGUGAUUGUUAUUUUCAUAUUGUUCCUAUUUUGAUACUUUUAAGUCCUAUAUUGAAGGUCGAAUCUUGAAAUGGAAUAUGAAGAACUUGGGUUUGAUGAAUGGAAGUGUAUGAUGUGAACUUUCUCAAGUGGGGAAAAAAAAGUACUUGCUAAUAAAUGAAAUGAUUGCCUUUAUUUAUUUAUUUUUUAUGUCCCUCUUGCCUAUCUAAGAAAAAUAUAAACUAUAAAUAUAAAAUAUAAAAAGACUAUCCUGUUAACCCGUUAAAGUCA